AUGUUGUCGCUGCGGUCUGUCUUCCUGUUCGCCGUGCUAAGUGCGUUUGCGGUCGCUGCGCCCGCGGAGCAUACGCAUCGGGUCAAGGAAACGGUGCUUCCCCCGCGCGGGUGGACUGCCCUACGUCCUGCGUCGCCCGCGCACACGAUCGAGCUCCGUAUCGGCCUGCCGCAGCCCAACUUCGCUGAACUGGAGGACCACCUGUAUGCUGUGAGUGAUCCGUCGAGCGAAAGGUACGGAGGGCACCUAUCGAAGGAAGAGGUAGAAGCGCUCGUAGCGCCUCAUCCCGAGAGCGUGCACCUGGUCGAGGAAUGGCUCGCCUCGCAUGGCCUGCUGGGUGACGCGCUGUCCCGGUCCCCGGCUGGCGACUGGGUCACCGUCAGGGUGCCGGUCUCGUUGGCAGAGAAGAUGCUGGACACGACGUACCAUAUGUGGACGCACACCGCGAGCGGAGACUCGAUCGUCCGCACGACGUCGUACAGCCUCCCGGAGCACCUGCACGCACACAUCGACGUCGUCCAGCCGACCACGGCGUUUUCGCGCUUCACGCCGAUGCGGACGACGUACCACUCGUUCCGCGCUAACGCCACCGUCCCCCAGUCUGACGGGGCCAAGAUCGCGGUGCCGUACGCGUCAGGAGGGCAGGUUGCGGCGAGCUGUAACGGGACCAUCACCCCGGCGUGUUUGUUGGAGCUGUACAACGCGACGGGGUACACACCGCAGGUGCCUGGGCAAAACAAGAUCGCCGUGACGGGUUACCGGGAGCAGUAUGCGAACUAUGACGAUUAUCACAAAUUUUUGGAGGAGCUGGUUCCGUACGCUACUGAUAGCACAUUCUCGGUGGUGUACAUCAACGGCGGACUGAACAAUCAAACGCUCGCUGAUGCUGGACUGGAGGCAGACCUUGAUACGCAGUACGCGUUCAGUCUCACGUAUCCUACGCCGGGGACGUUCUACACCACUGGUGGAAGCCCGCCAUUCAUCCCGGACGAUGUCGAGCCUACGAAUGCGAACGAGCCAUAUCUACAGGCGAGCAGCUCUCUUGCAAUGGCUUGGCUUGAGUAUGUGCUUGCUACAGAAGACCUGCCGCAGUCAAUUUCCUCCAGUUACGGAGAUGCUGAACCGACGGUCCCAUAUAGUUAUGCAAAGCGUGUCUGCGCGGAGUUCGCGCAGCUUGGUGCUCGCGGUGUCUCCGUCAUGUUCGCCUCUGGAGAUGGAGGCGUGGGUGAUAGCGAUCCGGACCCAGCCACUCAGGAGUGCUACAGCAACGACGGCACCAACAGGACAAUGUUUAUACCUAUAUUCCCGGCCAGCUGUCCAUAUGUCACGUCUGUAGGAGCUACCUCGGAGGUACCGGAGAUUGCUGCGUGGUUCUCGGGUGGUGGUUUCAGCAACUACUGGACUCGGCCCUCGUAUCAAGACACGGCGGUUACGAAGUACCUCGAUGCGCUGGCUCCGGAAACGUAUGCGGGUCUGUACAACCCGUCUGGCCGAGCCUCCCCCGACGUUUCCGCUGAGGGCGUCAACUUCACCGUCGUCUGGGAGCUGGAAACCAUGCUUGUCGACGGAACGUCGUGCUCUUCACCUACGUUUGCAGCACUCGUGUCUCUCCUCAACGACGCGCGCAUCGCUAGCGGGAAAUCCACAUUGGGUUUCCUCAACCCGUUGAUCUACGCGCUGAACGCGGGAACCGUGACGGGAUUCAACGACAUUACGGUCGGGAACAAUCCGGGAUGUGGCACAGAGGGCUUCAAUGCGACGAUCGGGUGGGAUCCAGUCACUGGUUGGGGCUCGCCCAACUUCGGAAUACUGAAGGAACUGGUUCUGAGUGCGUGA